UUAAAUUUCGUAGUUGCCAUGUGUACAGGUCAAAAGAGUUUAGUCCUCAUUGUGUAUCCAACCUGUCAUAUAUUCUGUUCUUCAUUUCCCAUCUCAAAACUCUACCGGGUACAUUUCUGUAUUUUCCUGAUGCGUUAAUAAUAAUCUCUUAAAAUUUACAAAUUGCAAAUGGCACCAAGAAAAAAUAUUCCGCAGGAAUGUCCCCAUUGCUCGAAAACUUUCAACUCGAUAUAUACCUUAACCAUGCAUCUGGCCAGUCAUGAUGAGCCGGGUGCCCAAAUUAAGUGUCAAAUUUGUGGCAAACGCGUAAAAAAUCGGGGCGGUCUGUACACGCACUUGUACCGGAUUCACAACAAUCGUAAAACAUAUCGAUGUAAAAUCUGCUAUCGAGACUUCGCCUCGCCUUCGAGUCUUCAAAAUCACGUCGGAGCCGUGCACACCCCUGGACCACGAGCUCGUUUCCCAUGCACGUUUGUACCCUGUGAGAAAACCUUUGCGAGCAAGGGAGGCCUCACAAUUCACGUUAAAGCCGCCCACGACCAGCACCCGGUCCAAUUUCGGUGCACCCUUUGUCAGAAAGAAUAUAAAUCGCAACUCGGGUUAACGAAACACAUUUCCGUCCACACGACGGAAAAACCCUUCAAGUGCACCCAGUGUGGAACUAGUUUCGUGGAAAUGUGUGACUUGACAAAUCAUGAGGAAACGCAUCGAGAAAGAUCUGCCCGAAAAACGAUCAAAUGCUCAUUGUGCCCACUAACAUUCUUCACCAGGACCGGGAAACGGCUUCAUAUUCAAAAUUAUCACGAGAAUCAGAGCAAGUAUGCCUGCCCCAUUUGUGACAAGAGGCUAAAAACUGCGAGCAACUUGAAAAACCACGUGGAAGCAAAGCACCCCGGGGACAAGGAGCAAAAAAGUCAUGCGUGCGGCCAGUGUGAGUAUAAAAGUUGGCAUAAGUUCCAACUCAAGAAGCACGUGCAACGGAUACACGAAAAGGUGAGGGACAAGGUGUGCUACUUCUGUGGCGAGAAAUUCUACGCUUUUAUUCAACUCGUGCUGCAUUGUGGUAAAAGACACACGAUGGAAACAUUUUGAAAAUUGUGGAAAUAUUCAUGUCGAAUUUUUUAAUUAUUUGGUCGAGGAGGAAUAUUUCAUAAAUCAAUAUCUGUGCAAAAAUGAGAUCUAUUUGUUAGUGUUAAAUAUAAAAUAUUGUAUGUACUA